UAAAUUUUCAUCAGAUAAUCAUUCUUUAAAUUCUUUAUAGCUUUUCCUCGUUUUCUCAUUUACGGUUUUGAAGAGUCGUAUAUUUCCGCUGAGGAAAGAAAAUGGUGCUCAGACCAUGAAAAUAUAGUUAAAUAUCAUUAUUAUUAGAACUAAGCCUUUGUUGUUAUCUUUCAUUCAUAGUUGGACAUUCUGUGGCAACCUUCUGAUAUUUGUUGUCCUAAGGAUUUUGAAAAUAAAUUUGAGGCUCUAGAAUAUUAGAUGUAAAAUUAUUUCAUUCUAAGUUUAUUAGAAGAAAGAAGAACGGUUAGUUCUUGAAAAUCUCCAAUAAACAUGUCUCGGAAAAAACCGUAUUUGCGUUUGCGCAGCUAAAUUUUCAUCAGAUAAAUCUACUUUAAAUUUGUUAUCUUUGGAGUUUUCCCCGUUUUCAUAUCAGCAGUUUUCGGAUAACCGGAUCUUGGGGAUUUGUUAAGAUAUGCGGAAAGGAGUGCAUUUGCUCCAAGUUAUCUAGGAUUCCGAAGUAUCGUGUACUUCCGUUGACGAAAGAUGGUGUGUAGGGCAUGGACAUGUAGCUAAAUAUCAUUAUAUCCAGGGGAAAAAUUCUAAUUAUGUUUGUGCGGGAAGAAUAAUUUUGCUUAUGCAGCGUUAUGUCAUCAGCUCUUAAUUAAUUUUUGAUGAACAUGUGAAAACAAGCUUUCCCCCUUUUUUUAAUUAAUGGAGUGAACAUGAGUAAAAGAAGACCUUGUAACGCUAGUGAAAGUGUACGUGGUGCAAAGCGGUAUUGUCUGCUUCAGGCUGCCAAACUUGGUGUAAUUGAAUCUGUAUCACUGCAAAAUUUUAUGUGUCAUGAUAAUUUAAAGUUUGAAUUUGAGCCACAUGUAAAUUUUAUCAUUGGAGACAAUGGAAGUGGAAAAAGUGCUGUUGCAACUGGUAUUAUAUUAGCUUUGGGAGGAAGAUCACGUGUAACAGGACGAUGUACAAGUGUCAAAGGUUUUGUUAAAAAAGGCAAGAAAAAUGCAGUAGUUUCUGUAACUCUAAAAAACUGUGGUGAUUUACCUUAUGAGCCUGAAAAAUAUGGGAACAAAGUGAUAGUUGAAAGACAUUUCACUACUGAUAACUCCAACAGCUACAAAAUAAUGUCAGAAACUGGCAUUGUCAUAUCAAAAUCUAAAGAAGAUUUGAAUGAUAUUUUGACAUAUAUGGAUAUUCAUGUUGACAAUCCUACAACUAUUCUAACCCAGGAUAUGAGUCGAGCUUUCUUGAUAUCUAAAAAUGCUGAUAAAAACUUGUAUAAGCUUUUUUAUGAAAGUACUGGUUUGCAGAAGUUAAAAGAAAAUUAUGCAAAAGUAAAUCAGUUAAAAAAGGCUGCAGAGUCAACUCUAGAAACUAAAAAAAAGUUAUUGCAAGAAACAGAGAAAGAACUACAACAAUGGGAGAAACUAAUGAAUCAUGCUAAAACUUGCAGUGAUUUACAAAAUGAAUUAUUAUGGGCCAUAGCACUAGAGAUCGAAAAGAAAUUAUUGGAUAAACAGGAAAAAUUUGAAGAAGCACAGAAUGAAGUCAUAAAAAUUCAGAAGGAGAAGGAAAUAACACAGGCUGAACAUUUUAAACUUUCUGAGACCUUCAAAUCACAUGAUAUGCAUCGACAGAACUUGGAAAAGGAAAUCGAGUCAAUAGAAAGCUCUUUAAAGCAGUUGAAAUCUCAACAGCAAAGUGUGACUAAAGAUGUUCGAGAACAUGCGGGUUUGUUAAACAGGUAUAAAAGAGAGAAUGACAGAUUAAAUAAUGAUAUUAUGCAGGCGGAAAAUGCUUUGAAUGAAGCCCUACAGAAAAAUAAAGAUGAUGCUGAUGCAGAGCAGAGAGAACGUGAUAAAAAAAUUCAAAUGUUAGAAGCACGAUUGUCUGGUAUAAAUUCAGAAUUGAAAGAGAAAACUAAAAUAUGGAACUUCUACUUGGAUGAAGAAAAGGAUCUGGAAAAAAUUUGUGGCACUCUGAUAAUCAAAAUAUUUCUAAGUCACCAAAAUGAAAAGUUAUGUCACCUUUAAAAUAUGGAAGGUGAAAAUAAAAAUGUUUUAUUUUAAUGUUAUUUCUUAAAUAUAAUUUUAAUUCAUUAUAAUUAUUUUUACUUUUAUAAAAUGCAUCCAUUACAUGUUAUGACAUGUGAAUAAAAAAUUUUGUACACAAACUAAUUUUGAAAUUAUCAAAACAUUGAUAAGUUGACAAAUUUAGUGCCACAUAAUAAAAGAU